CGGGGCAGGGAUGAGCUUACUCCGAAGGCACCGCUGAAGCUCAGCCGGGCCCGGCCAAGCAGCACCAGGGCACGGCGAGCCUGCGGGGGCCAGUCGAGGGGGCUGGCCGGGGCGGGCUAGCUGGGUGCGGGGGACCACCAGGACGCCGUCAUGGACAAGACCAGCAGCAAGUCGGAGUCCAAGGACUCCAAGCUGAACCGGCCCGAGGAGCUGCCAUGGGACGUGGUGGACCGCUGCCUGCUGCCCGUGCUCACGGCGCACGCGGUCGCCGUCAUCCUGGCCUUCGUCCUCAACACGCUGCGGAUCUCGCAGGUGUCCUCGUGGACGCUCUUCUUCUGGUUCACCUCCAUCACGCUCGCCACGCUGUGGUUCUACCACAACCUGCAUGUGACGGCGGCCGGCAAGGCCGUCCUGGUGACGGGCGCCGACAACCGCCUGGGCCAGAUCAUCGUCCGGCAGCUCGACGAACUGGGCUUCACGGUGUUCGCGGGGAUGCGGAGCCCGUCGUGCCCUGAGGCGGGCCGCCUCAAGGAGCAGUGCUCGGGCCGCCUGCAUGUCGUGCAGCUCGACGUGACCAGUGAGAAGGACAUCCUGGCCGCUAGGGACUACGUGGUCGGCAACCUGCCCCAGGGCAGUGAGGGACUGUGGGCAGUGGUCAACAACGAGCAGUGGGCUGCCUUCGGCGAGGUGGAGUGGGUGCCCCUGCCCGUGUUCCGCGAGGCCACCGAAGUCAACUUACUGGGCACCAUCCGCGUCUCGCAGGUGUUCCUCCCCCUCGUGCGCAAGGUGAAGGGUCGCGUCGUGAACGUCGUCAGCAUCCUGGGCCACAUGACGGCUCCCCUGCAGGCGCCUUACUGCACCGCCAAGUACGCCGUGGAGGCAUUCAGUGACUGCCUGCGCGCCGAGAUGCGGCGCUGGGGGGUGGACGUGGUGGUGGUUGAGCCGGGCGACUACACUACAGGCAAAUUGUGGUACGACGACAGCAAGAUGCUGCAGCAGGCUAAGGACAUGUGGGAGGCCAUGCCGGACGAGGCUCGUCAGGACUACGGCGAGCACUACUUCGAGUACACCGUGAGGCGCACCCUGGAGCCCUACACCAAGGGCACGGACACAGAUAUGGCUCCGGUGACCCGCUCCCUCCAGGACGCCGUCUGCAGAACCUUCCCCCUGCAGCGGUACACAGCCGUGACGCGCGCAGAGAAGAUUCGCGCGCUCGUCCUCAACCACCUGCCCCGCUCGGUCCACGACGUUCUCUACCCAUAAGUCCGCCCCCAGCCCGUAGCCACGCCCGGACCAUGCCGGGGCACAUCUUGAGGGGACCAUAGGGUGUGUGCAGAAUCUGGCUUAAUCUAAGCAAAACGAUACGAACAUGGUAAACGAGUGCCCUACCGUGUAGGACAGCGGCUGCCGAUGUACUGGGGCCAGGAAUCAGCACGCCGCGAUGGAUAAAGAACAAGGAGCGCAAAGCUCCGACGUUGAUUUUGCUGUUUCAUUGAGACUUCAUGCAUGUCGUAUCACUCAAUAUAAUCGAUCGCCUGCUCUGUGCUAACGUCGCACAGCCAGACAAAGUGGAGGGUGGGUUAGAGCAGCACCCAAGUAGAAAACGUUUGUCAAAAUUAUGUCAAAAUUAACUCAUUUUGACCCUUAUCGUCAAAAUUGACUGCGGCUGUGGUCCGAUUGACCUCAUUUUGACGUCAAAUGAGGGUCAUUGGCUAGUUUUUGACGAUUGUGUUCUACCUGAGGAGGAGAGCUCUCCGAGCAGAAGCCGCAACGCCACCUGACGAACACUGUCAAGUUGGGUGCGCGUUCUUUGUACUACCUGUUCUGUCAUGAUUCGAACGUUUGCAACGUCAAUAACGAGAUUGCUUGACGUACCGACACUCAGUAUAUGAGACACUCCUGUUCUCAUUAUUUGGACAGCUGCUGACGUCAAACAGAGAUAUUCAGACGAUACUUUCCGUAACGAACGGUUGAGGCUCUGGGGUUUAAAGGGAGAUAACAUAGUAGUGCCAGAUAUUCACACAGUCUUUGAAGAAAGAACGUAAAUUAUUCAGAAUCCAAUACAUGUUAAGUUACAAAAAUAAACACAAUAACUGCCAGAGGAUCACUCAAAGCUUCAAGAGCUGUGAGAAUAUUAAAAAAACUAAAUAUUAAAAGUUGAGGGGAAUUAUGAUCCUAUUCACACAUUCUGGUUAACUUAGGAAUAAAAAAAAGUUUUGCCUCAUAUGUUUACAUGUUGUUUUUAGUAGUGUUUUGGGGUCCAAAGAGCAUUUGAAUUUUUACUGUUGAUUUGCAUGUGUGUGUUCAUUAUUUCACAACUAAUAUGUAUCAUCUAAAUGAUACAAGAGCAAGUUCAGCUGUAGUAAUAAAAUGUGAACAAAUGUGAAA